GUGAGAGCACGAAAGCAGCGCCAGGAGCAGCGGCAGCAGCAGGGCCGGUCACCCUCGCCCCCUCCCUGCUCCUGUGCACGCCAGUGCAAGCCAUGUCCUAUCCUCAGGGUUACCUCUACCAGCCCCCUGGCUCGCUGGCUCUGUACUCCUGCCCGGCGUACGGGGCCUCGGCGCUGGCGGCCCCCAGGAGCGAGGAGCUGACCAGGUCUUCGUCGGGAUCGGCGUUCAGCCCUUACCCGGGAUCGGCAGCUUUCACCGCCCAGGCGGCAGCCACAGGCUUCACCAGUCCGCUCCAGUACUCCACAGACCCUGCCACGGGAUUCCCCUCCUACAUGGGCUCCCCUUACGACGCCCAUACGACAGGGAUGACCGGAGCCAUCAGCUACCACCCGUACGGCAGCCCUGCCUACCCCUACCAGCUCAACGACCCCGCGUACAGGAAAAACGCCACCCGCGACGCCACAGCCACGCUGAAGGCCUGGCUACAGGAGCAUCGCAAGAACCCCUACCCAACCAAGGGCGAGAAGAUCAUGCUGGCCAUCAUCACCAAGAUGACCCUCACCCAGGUCUCCACCUGGUUUGCUAACGCCCGCCGGCGGCUCAAGAAGGAGAACAAGAUGACCUGGGCCCCGCGGAACAAGAGUGAGGACGAGGACGACGAUGAAGGCGACGGGACAAGAAGUAAAGAAGAGAGUCCUGAGAAGAUGCCCGAGAGCAACGAAACCUCCGCAGAGGACGAAGGGAUCAGUUUGCAAGUCGACUCGCUGACGGACCACUCCUGCUCCGCCGAAUCGGACGGCGAGAAACUGCCCUGCCGAGCGAGCGACCCCCUCUGCGAGUCAGGCUCUGAAUGCAAGGACAAGUAUGAGGACAUCGAAGAGGAGGAGGACGAGGAGGACGAGGAAGAGGAAGAGGACAUCGAGGAGGAUGACGGCGGCGGUGGGGAGCGCGACCCGCCGGCCAAGCCUGCCACCUCCUCGCCCCUGGCCGCCGUGGAGGCCCCGCUCCUCGGCCACCCGCACGCCGACGCCGCCCGCAGCGCCAGCAAGGCGGCGCUGGGCGGCCGCACCUCCCCUGGGCCCCAGACGCCGGCCAGCAAGCCCAAGCUAUGGUCGCUGGCCGAAAUCGCCACCUCGGACCUCAAGAGCCAGACACUGGGCCAAGGCUGCCAGCCUGCGCCGCUCUCCUCGGCCACCUCCGCCUCUGCACCGCACAGCGCUGCCUAUUCGCCCUCCUCCCUCCUGGGGAGGCAUAUUUAUUACACCUCACCUUUUUAUAGCAAUUAUACAAACUAUGGGAACUUUAACGCUCUGCAGAGCCAGGGAAUCCUGAGAUACAACUCCGCAGCAGUGGCUUCAAACGAAGGACUAAGUCAGACUGUCCUAAAUGCCAGCUCUGUCCACAAGCAGAGCAGUGACUCUUUGAAAACAAUCACUAACCAGCUAGAACAACACUACAGGCCCUCUAGUUAUGACUCUAAGAAAGAUCCCACUGAAGUCUGCACAGUAGGAGUACAACCAUACCUAUAGAAGUGCAAUCACACAGCAAUGCAAGUAGGUGUCACAAUUGCUUUGAAAAAAGUCAGCAAGCCAUCAUCUCUCCCCGAGCUAAUAUAUAUAACAAAUCUCUAAAUCCGGAUCACAUCUUGUGCCACUGUAUAAAAGAAGACCACAGAGCACUAUUAAAUCUUCAGACUCUAAUUAUUAAACCAGAAUUUUGUUGGACAUAUGUGAGUUUGCUGGUAUAGUAUAGUUUCCCCAAUGUAUGUGUGACUUUUGAAAACAGAUCUGUUUUUCUCAGGAUAUCUUGAAUUGAUCACUUCAUUGCCACGGUAUAUAUUCAAUAGGUGUGAUAGGAUUUAUUGUAAAAUUUAUUUGUAAAAGAUGUAUACAGUAGAGAUAAUAAAGAUGUGAUUGGAGAACUUGAGUCCUUACAAAGUGGAAACAAAUUUGAUAUUUAUUUUUGUAAUGAUAUAAAGCUUCUAGUAAUUUAUGCAAGUUGUAUUGCAAUGGAAUCUGAACUUUUUGUAAAUAAA